AUGGCGGACGAAACCAACCUUUCUUCUUCUUCUUCCGGCGAGGACUCUGCCUCUGAGACUUGCAACAGCCCUGGCAAUGGUGCACCUAAUUCCCCACAGACUGCCAACAACCCGUUUGGUUCUGGCAUGGCUAGCGGCGCCCAGGUUGCCACUAACCCGUUCGGUUCUGGCAGCACUCAGCCCAUCGCCAACCCAUCAUUGGGCUCUGGCCUGAACAACCCUUUCGGUCCUGGCGCGGGUAACACGCCCCAGGCCGCCAACAACCCGUUCCGUUCUGCUUUGGCCAAUGGUACCCAGAACGUUGCCAACCCUUUCGGUCGUGGUGCAGGUAACAUCCCCCACGCCAUCAACAACCCUUUCGGUUCUGGAGUGAACAGUACCACCCAGACCUCCUCCAACCCUUUCCAUCCUGGCUGGGCCUAUCACCCCCAGACCAAUAAUCCUUUUACUUCUGGUAUGACCAAUGGCACCCAGAACAACAACCCUUUCGUCUCUGGCUGGGGCAUGCCCUCCCAGACCAACAAUCCUUUCGGCGCCGGUGUGGGCAAUGCAGCCCAAAACACCUAUAACCCUUUCCGUGCUGCCGCCGGCGUUGACGCGCCGCUGACCCCCAAUGGGGGAUUGACCAAUGGCCAUGGCGACGGCCACGAAUGGCGGGCUCCCCGCCCAACCGACUUCAACCCCCUCUACCGCCCAUCCGAUGACGAGACCGACGGGGAGGACGAGGAGGAUGAUGAAGAGGAUGAACAUGAGGACCUCGACAACCUCUCCGAUGGGGAGGAGGGGGAGGACGAAGCCCCCAACGGGCCCAUCUCGCCCUUGGAGGCCGCGUUGGACGCCAUCUUGGCAGAGGGUGACGAGGAGGAGGAUGACGCUGACGACUCCAGCGACGGCUAUGAGGACACCUACCUGGACGAGGCGUAG